AUGGCCAACGUAGACGCCGCAGCCCACUGCACCGACGGUGGGCGGCAGGGCGGCAGCGGGGGCGGCAGCGGGGACGAAGCGAAGGUGAAGAAAACGAAACCGGAGGAGUACGAGCACCCGUUCUGGUACGUGUAUCGCCAACGCGGCGUCGGCUACUGGGACUAUAAAAAUGCGCGGGUGGACUUCAACGCGAACUUGGCCCCGUACGAGCUGCUGCAGAAGAUUGGGCGCGGCAAGUAUUCGGAGGUGUUUCGUGGCCGGAACCGCAACAACGGAUGCCUGUGUGUCCUCAAGCUGCUGAAGCCGGUGCGCUACCAGAAGAUUCUGCGCGAGAUCAGCAUCCUGCGCAACCUCUGCGGUGGCCCCAACGUUGUCCGCCUUCUCGAUGUGCUGCGCGACGCAGAGUCGCAGACGGUCGUGCUCGUCACGGAGUAUGUGCACAACCCGACGACGCUGCGCAACCUUCUCUACUCGAACAAGCUGUCGAACUUCGACAUGCGCUACUACCUGUACGAGAUUCUACGCUCGCUGGACUUCGCCCACCGCCGCGGCAUCUUUCACCGCGACAUCAAGCCGUACAACGUCAUGAUCGACCACGAGCGCAAGAUCCUUCGUGUGAUCGACUGGGGGCUGGGCGAGUACUACAUCCACGGGCAGGCACUCAACUGUGGUGUGGCAACACGGCACUACAAGGGGCCGGAGCUGCUGGUCGGCUACCGCCAUUACGACUACUCGCUAGACAUCUGGUGUCUCGGGUGCGUGCUAGCUGGCAUGCUCUUCCGCAGCGACCCCUUCUUCGUCGGCGCCAACAACGAGGAUCAGCUCCUCCAGAUUGUAGCGGUGUUUGGCAAGAAGGCGCUGUACCGCUACCUCGACAAGUACCAGUGCCGCAUAUCGCGCGUCGUGGAGUCGAGCAUGAGCGCCCUCCCUGACGAGCACGUCGACUGGCGCCGGUACAUCAAGAGGGGGUCCAUGCAGGAGUCGUGGUGCGACGCGACCGCGUUGGACUUGCUGGAUAAGAUGCUGCAGUUCGACCAUCAGGACCGCAUCAUGGCCCAUGAGGCGAUGCAGCACCCUUUCUUUGCUCCCGUGCGUGAUGCGCUGGCGAGGGACGCGCAGGAGCAUUAUCCUGUGGCACAGCACUGA